UCAGUCGAUAAUUGUCAGCUGUUUCGUGUGUUGUGGCUCGCCACUCAAGUACAAAAUUUUUAAUCAAUAUAAGAGUUAGGUAAUAAGCUGAAUUAAACAAUGUUUAAAUAUCUGAAAAGACCACUGCUAAUGGCAGCGCGUAGUACGGUGCGUUCGCUUAGCGGCAGCGCAGCAACAACAUCGAUAACGUCAAGUGGCGGCGGCUCAUUGAUUGAGGUCAACAAGGCAUUAAAUGGUUGGGAGCAUAAACUGAAGGACGCCGGCGUCCGGGACACCGAGUUUAAUCUAAAAUGCAUUGUGUCACAUGUGCUGCAACGCAAGUUUAACACGGUGCCCGAUGAUUUUGCUCAACUCAAAUUUAAUGCCGAACAAUUGGCGGAUUUUGAGCGGUUUUGCGAGGCACGUUGUGCUCGCAUGCCUCUGCAGCACAUUAUUGGCGAAUGGGACUUCAUGGACAUCACCUUAAAAACAGCGCCAACUGUAUUUAUACCUCGCCCUGAAACUGAAGAAUUCGUUCGCUUGGUUAUUGAAAACUACAAGAAUGUGAAGCAUGUGGAUAUGCUCGAAGUGGGCUGCGGUUCAGGUGCCAUGUCCUUGUCGAUGUUGCAUGCUCUGCCACAGGUGGAUGCCACAGCCAUUGAGCGCAGCAAAGCGGCCACAGCACUGGCUUGGGAGAAUGCCAAACUGCUGGGACUUCACCAGCGCUUUAAAGUCCAUAAUCACACAAUGGAAGAGGAUAAAUAUAUGCCGGAGGAGCUCAAAGACAAACAGUAUGACUUGAUUAUAUCUAAUCCACCCUAUGUGAAAACAGACGAGUUUCAAUAUCUGCAUCCUGAGGUGGUCGUAUAUGAGAAUCUUAAUGCCUUGGAUGGUGGCUCAGACGGUCUGCGUGUGGCACGUCUAGUCUUUGAAUUGGCCUGUCGCCACUUGCGACCAGGAGGCAAACUUUGGCUGGAGUUAGGCAACGAGCAUCCGCCGCUGGUGAAGACUAUAAUGCAUCUGCAGUAUCAAGGACGUUUGACGUUUGUGGACAGCUAUUUCGAUCAAUAUAAACGCGAACGCUUUGUUCAAUUGGAAAAGGUUUAAAUUUAAAUUAACUUAUUUGACUCACUCGGACAUGAUUAAUUGCAAUUAAAAUUAGUCGCAUAUGCAUUUAGCUGUGAUUUGACCCACAACACAUUAUUAAUUGCCUUGGAGGCUAUGUCACAAAUAUAAAGUAUACGACUCGUAUACCCUGCAGUAUGCAUUGCGUUUUAUGCUCGCAAUGUUGUCCCAAUACAUAAUAUUAAUAAUAAGGAGAAUAAUAAAACAACAAACUCUGACGGCAA